AUGGCAGAUGAAAAAAAGGGCGAGAGCGAGCACAUCAACCUAAAAGUUUUGGGGCAAGAUAAUGCGAUUGUUCAAUUCAAAAUAAAAAAACACACGCCACUAAGAAAGCUCAUGAACGCGUAUUGUGACCGUGCUGGACUCUCAAUGCAGGUUGUCAGAUUUCGAUUUGAUGGACAACCAAUUAAUGAAAAUGACACACCUACAUCCCUAGAAAUGGAAGAAGGGGAUACAAUAGAAGUCUACCAACAGCAAACGGGCGGAGUAUUAGUGUAA